AGUCCGACGCACUUCCUGGGGGCUUGGGCUCCACCCUCCGUACGGCAGGGGGCUCCACCCUCCGUACAGCAGGGGGCUCCACCCUCCGUGCAGCAGGGGGCUCCACCCUCCGUGCAGCAGGGGGCUCCACCCUCCGUACACCCUCCGUACGUCAGGGGGCUCCACCCUCCGUACGGCAGGGGGCUCCACCCUCCGUACAGCAGGGGGCUCCACCCUCCGUACAGCAGGGGGCUCUACCCUCCGUACACCCUCCGUACAGCAGGGGGCUCUACCCUCCGUACACCCUCCGUACAACAGGGGGCUCCACCCUCCGUACAGCAGGGGGCUCCACCCUCCGUACACCCUCCGUACAGCAGGGGGCUCCACCCGCUCUCUUUCCCCGCAGAAGAAGAAGAAUCCUCCCUUCACAGAUGCACCAGCAGCUCGGAGCUCCGGACUCUUUUUCUCCAGUUUUUGGUCCUCCAGCCUCCGGGAGGAAGAGAAAGCUUUGGCCGCAGAGAGACGUCUGUUCCCCGGCAGGUAGGAUGUCAGAGCGGCGGGGGGGGAACCUCUUGGUUCAGCUGGCUCCUCGUCUGCAAGCGUUUCCAGAGGAGUUGCUCCGACAGCGCCGUAACCAUGACGGCCAGAUGGAGUACCUGAUUCGCUGGUGCCUGGUCACCAUAGACGACGGCACCGGGAGCGGGGCCAGUGAAGGGGGCGGGGCUAGCAGCGAUGGGGGCGGGGCUAGCGGCUCUGGGUCAGACAGCAAAGCAGAGAACGUCCUGAUGUGGAUGUCCCUGGAGGACGUGUACUGUAACUGCCCCUCUCUGCUGGGCAAGAGGAAGGACCAGGAGGCCAAUCAGGAGAGAGAGGACUUCCCCCCAGACCACACCUUCGACGAGGGGGAGCUGUCCGACAUGAAGGAGGACGUGAAGAACCUGGUGAGGCGUGCCCGGAAACAGAUGCUGAAGAAGAGCGACUUCUCCAUCAGCAUCACGCACACGGUGCACGUGCUGAGCGCCUACGCUGCCAUCGGCUCGUUGGUGGGCGUGUUCAAGGAGACGGGCGCGCUGCACCUCCUCAUGGAGCUGCUCUGCAACAAGGAGACGCAGACCAGGCGCAGCGCCGGCAAGAUGCUGCGCGCACUCGCAUCACAUGACGCAGGUAACCAAGCGUUCUGAUUGGCCAACAGCUGCUGACCU